AUGCCUCCGUCUCUCAGCGCUCACCCGAGCUUCACGCGCCCGCGCACCGGCGAGCGGGAGGGCCGGCCGCUCACUCGCGACCAGACCGGCGACACCAUGCUCAUCCCCAGCCGAACUUCCUCGCUUCACUCUCGCAUCACCCAGCCGAUCCCCUCGAGUUUCAACGCCAAACCCCAACAGCGCACCCCAAAGACUCUCACGCAUGCUUACCUUGUCUGCGGUGUUGGCCGCGAGCCCUCACAAUGGGUCAGAGCCCCAGCGCCUGUUCAGGGAAAGAUUGGCCACAUGAAGGGCGCUGUCAGCCAGUUCUGGCUGCCGGAGAUUCUGGGGAGCAGUCCUCGCCUGGAGCAGGACAAUGAAAUCGCCAGAGCUCUCCAUGCCGCUAUGAGGGCUUGCUUCCCCCACGAUGUUGAGAUUUGCACCGGCCGUAGCCAACCUCACUGCUCGCAUCAUUCUUUCGUCCUGCAGCAGGACUCAUCGCAGACCCUUUACGGUAUCUGCCUGCGUGUGUGGUCUCGCGCUGACGAGAAACGAGCUGAGACGAUCCGUGAUCUGCGCAAGCGAACUGAGACCGACUUCUACGAUAACCCGGAUGAGACGUACUGGAUCCCGUACUGUCUCUCCUUCCUUUCCCGAUACCCUCUGUAUAACCUCCUUGGCGAUUACCUGCGUGGCAUGUGGAUUCACUGGAACAAGGCAACGAACCUCUUCCACGCCGAAGAAGUCUCGCGUAUUCUCAGCUUCCCGGCGCCCCGACUCAACGACCUUGUCCGUAUCGACAUGAAGGAUUACGCGCUCUGCUACCAAUUCCCCUCAUCACCCACUGGAUUCCAGAAUUUCGCCAUGUGGCCGCUCUUUAACUGUCUGUCUAUUCCCAAUAUUGUCGGUGUCAUUGAAGCUGCCAUUUCACCUACCCGCCGCAUCAUCUUUGUCAGUCACUAUCCUGCCAUGCUCACUGUUGCGGCCGAGACUGUCCGAUAUUGUGUGCGAGUCUACGAAUGGAGUGGCCUUUACGUUCCUGUUGUCCAUGCCCGCCAUGCCAGUGAGCUUGUUCAGGAGCCGGGGCCUUAUAUCCUCGGCGUCACUGCUGAAUGCCGCUCGCUCUUCAACGCGCCCAACGACGCUCUCGUCGUGGACCUUGACCGCAACUUUGUGCUCACUUCCAGCCCCCCUACCGCACUCAGUCCCGGUCAGCGUAACAAGUUCGUGACUCGCUUGACCCAAGCGCUCAAUGGCGAUGUUGUUCCCGCUGGUGUGCCGCACCACCUUCGCUCUGCUUAUGGUGGUGGUAAGCUUGUACCUGCUGGCCAGAUUAUUGUCAUGCGCGGCGAGGUUGAGUCCAUUCAGGAUCCAGAGUGGUGGAACCAAGACUCCGUCAUGGCUGUCAUGGACCACGUCUGUGAGAAGCUUGGCCGCAACACAGGUAUCAAGGCUGUCUUUGGUGGUUCGGUUAAGAAGCCGCUCAUGACCAAGGUUUCCAUGAGACAUCUGAACGAGAUUGUGCGAGAGCGUAACCAAUAUUCCCGUGACGCUCAGGAGGCUUGGCAGGAUUUCAUCAACCUGAAGGGCCGUAUGGACACGGAGCUCAACAAGGUCAACAAGCGCAACAACUAUCUGGUUGAAGAGCUUGAGAGCUGGAAGCAACAGUUCCUCAAGUUUCAGGCGUUUGCUGAGCAGCUCACGAAAGAGACUCAGGAUCUCAAGGUCAAGAUCGAGACCCACAAGCGCGAGAACCGCCGCCUUGCAGGUCUCAUUGACCAGCAGAAGGAGGAUAACGCGCGCAUGUCGACCCGCCUCAGCGGCACCGAGAAGCAACGCGAUGAUGCCCUCGAGGCCCUGGUACUUCAGCAAGAGAUCGCUGAGGAGCUGGAGCGUGAACGGAAGAAGAACAAGAAGGAGCUCUCCCAGCUGCAACACACUAGCACAACACUUGUGCGCCAGCGUGACGAGGCUCGCCGUGUUGUCCUUCACCUUCGCAGCCUGAUUGGCGGCCAGAGCCACCACAUGGAGCACCUGAUUCAGUCGCUCACCAAGCCCGACGAGCUGGUCAAGGAGAUUGAAGAGGGCUUCUACGACGAUCUUCCCGGCGACGAGGAAGAGAGCACCGAGGGCAUGACCGAGGAACAGACGCAGUCUCUGAGGCUGUCUCGCAGCGCCAAGAGGCUUUCGGCCGCCAGCUUCGCCGACGUCGCUGACCGCCACCUCAAGGAUAAGACGGACGCGAUUGCGCACAUUGUUCGCAACAUUGCGGAUCAAUGCCAGGCUGCUGUCGAGAGCCUGCAGAUGGCCCAGGAUGCCGAGACGCCGUCUCGCCGCCACAGCAACCUGCCCAGUGCCGCCCAGAGCGACGACGACAGCCACUCGGCUGCCACUUCCGAGGUUGGCGAGGAGAGGCUCCGUCGCCGCUCCGGCCGGCCCUCGAGCAUCCCCCCCACGCCCGACCUGGUGCCCAACCGCAGCAGCACCGCCAUGUCGUUUGUCUCGUCGACGACGACGCCGGAGCGCAACAGCGCCCAGUACUACCAGCAGCGCGAGGACGUCCCCACCAAGAUUGUCGAGGACGACGAGGAGGAGUUUGAGGAGGCCCGCAGCGACAGCGCCGCCGGCAACGAGCAGGGCGUCGUCGCAAAGCACAGCGACUCCCUGCUGCACAGGCCGUCGGGCGCUCGCAUCAGCGCCCUCGGUGGUACUCGUUAA